AUGCAGGAAAGGACUCGGGCGACGCAGGUUCUGACUGCCGUUUACCGGAUUCCCAUCGAACUUCCUGGCAUGCUGACUUCUGCUGUCACUGAGACCUUUGGAAAGCUUACCCUUCUACGAUUCCUCCUUGCGGUCAUUGUCACGGGCGCUCAAGCCAAGACGGCUGAGGACGCGGAACCCCAGAAGCCACCGGCCAAGGCCAUCAAAGUGCUGAGUGACAGCGAGUCGUCUGGUGACGACGAUGAGGAUGACAGCCCCCUGACCUUUGAGUGGACCACAAUCAUCAAAAAGUCCUUGGUUGCUUCAAACCCAAAGCCUGUGGAGGAAAGGAAAAAAUCGCUCCUCAAGGCACCCAAGGGGUGCUCUUUCCACCUUGGCGAGUUGUCGUUCCCCAAUUUCAUCCAAGUUAUCAAGAACUGGUCAGCUACCAACCUCGCCUACCAGAAUCGCAAGCUUCAUGUUGAAUGGGUCCCGUCGGAGCUUCUCUCCCGCUGUAUUGACGACCCUACCAACAAUCAAGGUCCUCAAGUCCGCGACCCCAUGGACUUCCUUCUCUGCAUGGAAGACCCCAUGGAGAUUCUCGAGGGCGCCCUCCACAUCGACAUCCACGCCAAGCAUGUUUGGGACGUGGACGAUGGCCUUUCCGUGAUUGGUUACCUUGACGACUGGAACGAGAAUCAGGCUCAGCUCCAGACCGCUCUUCAGACCAUCAAGACCAUUACUGACGAGACGAACAGUCUGAACCGUGACCUACAGUCCGUUUGUGACGAAUUGGAGGCGAUGAAGGCUGUCCAAGAAGCAGCUGCUGCUAUGGCAGCGUUGUCUACAACUGCUUGGCCUGUUCCGAUGCUCACAGUGGACGUCCCUACAGAUCCACCGGGCCAAACACGCGUCAGCACUACUGCACUACUCAGUCCCUCGGCUCGUACCAAUGCUUCACCAGCGACGGCUCAAGAAACGGACAGAGAAGAUGGGGAGGACCAACCCAAUGCGUCCUCUCCUAUGGACACCGGUCGUGGGGUUAUCAGUACCCCAACGACGGGUCCAUGA